CCAGAGUACAUUUAUACGUACUAUACUAUUACAUAAUACUAUAUUAGUACUGUUACAUAGUAUAUUAGGUACUUACUUUGUGAUAUAUGACAUAUCGUAAUCAUAAAUAAAGUAGACCAUACUAUCACCGGCAGGUGGAUAGAAAGAAUUUACAGUAUUUUAUUAUAUUACGAUAAAACGAAAAAAGAGUUAUUUUGAUUGUGAUUCAAAGUGAAUUUAUUAUAAAAUGGUGAAUUGGAGACUAAUUGGUGCCUUGGCCUUACCCAAUGUGGGUGGAUGGUUGAGCGCUCUGAGCAUGGCAGGCCAGGUCAGGUCCCCUGCAGGCAAAUCCUGGUAUGACAAUAUAAACAAACCUUCCUGGAAUCCACCUAAGUGGAUAUUUGGACCGGCUUGGACUGCUUUAUACACUGGCAUGGGCUAUGCAUCUUAUAUGGUUUAUGAAGACUGUGGUGGUUUUACGGAAGACUCUCUUAUUCCUCUUAGUCUAUUUGGAACGCAGCUCAUCUUCAAUUGGACCUGGUCACCCGUAUUCUUCAAGUAUCAUCAACUUGGACUGGCGUUAAUCCACAUGUUUGCACUGGACAUAGCGGCUGGGGCCUGUACAUUAAGUUUCUUCAAAGUAAACAAGAAGACACUUUAUCUAAUGGCACCAUAUCUGUGCUGGCUGACAUUUGCUACAUGUUUAAAUUAUUCCAUUUGGAAAUUGAAUUCGAAUGAACCGCAAAAUGUUAAGAAAGAUUGACUUUGAUGGUUUUUAAGAGAAGAUUUUGUAAGGAUGAAUAUGGAAAUGGUGGAUAGAAAA